AUGUCUUCCAUGUUCAACUGUGUUCAAUCCGCUGCCCAACGGCAUGAUGUGGAUAUGGCGGCACGUGAACGGAGGAGAUCCAAGCAGCCUUUGAACAGCUCUCCAAAGGCCGCAGGUGAGAUCUCGGGAAAUCAGACUUUUGCGGAAGCCGAUCAAGAGAACUGCUGGGCGAUGAGUAUCUUUGGGUCUGUGGCCCUGAUCAUGCAAGAACUCUGUUCAGACAAGGGCCAGUCUUUUCUGAUGCUUUUCGACCCACCAAUGCUGCACAGUGAAUUUGGAAAAUCGGUCAGGUUGGAUUUGGCCACGACCUCAGCUGCUUCACCAGCGACCGACGUGAUUGGGCCCAUGACUCGCACUGAGCUCAUCAGUGGCGACCUCAGCACCGUGCAGCAGCUCUUGCGGGAGUCGGCGGAGAUCAACGCCACGGACAGCACCGGUCGCAGCCCACUCAUGUUCGCAGCUCAAGCGGGUCACGUUGAGGUGAUGGAACUCUUGCUGCAGCGCCAAGCUGACCUGAACCUGCGGAACUGCGCAGGCCACACCUGCGUGAUGUUUGCCGUUGGUGGUGGCAUCAAGGUCAAUAAUCAGCAUGAGCGUGCCCAACAGUAUCUCCGAGCAGUGCAGCUUCUCCUGGAUGAAGGUGCGCCGGUGAAUGGGGUCACCUCCUACGGCCUUUCUGCCUUGAUGCUGGCAAGUACCUCAGGCUCGACGGCUUUGGUGGAGCUCCUGUUGGAACGGGCGGCAGAGGUGAGCUUGGCCUCAGAGACAUCGGCCUCACUGCCUUGGUCAUGGCGGCCGACAAAGGCCAUGCGGGGACCGUGGGACGUCUAUUGGAGAAGCUGGCGGAUGUUAACUGCCGCUAUGGGAAUGGCAAGACGCCGCUCAUGUCUGCAGCUGCACAAGCGUAUGUAG